AUGUCAAACUUUGUAGCUCCAGAAAUCAAAAAAUUUGUGGCUUGGGACUAUGUUGUUUUUAUAGCACUAUUUUUAGUAUCUGCUAGCAUUGGAGUCCUUUUUGCAAUUAAAGAGAGGAAAAAGAAGAGUUCAAAGGAAUUUUUGGUGGGUGGCAGGCAGAUGACAUGCGGACCAAUAGCCUUCUCUCUCACAUCCAGCUUCACGUCAGCGGUAGCAAUUCUGGGGACGCCAUCUGAAGUUUAUCGCUAUGGGGCAUCCUUCAUUUUUUUCACUCUUGCACAUACACUUGCCAUCAUCUUUACUGCUGAACUUUUUGUACCUGUAUUUUACAGAUCUGGCAUUACAAGUACUUAUGAGUAUUUGGAGUUAAGAUUUAACAAAGUGGUCCGUUUAGCUGCCACACUGAUCUACAUCCUGCAGACGAUCCUUUACACUGGAAUAGUGGUUUAUGCUCCAUCACUGGCUCUCAACCAAGUCACUGGAUUUGACCUCUGGGGCUCUGUAGCUGCAACAGGAAUUGUCUGCACUUUCUAUUGCACUUUGGGAGGAUUAAAAGCUGUUGUCUGGACAGAUGUCUUUCAAAUGGUCAUCAUGCUGACUGGCCUCAUAACAGUUUUGAUCCGAGGGACUAUUCUGAACGGCAGCCCGACCAACAUCUGGCAACGUGCCUCUGAAGGAUCACGACUAAACGUAUUCGACUUUGAUAUGGAUCCUUUAAGACGACACACCUUUUGGACAAUUGUCGUUGGGGGAGCAUUCACGUGGCUAGGAGUCUAUGGAGUUAAUCAGUCCACGAUACAGAGAUGCAUUUCUUGCAAAUCAGAAAAGCACGCAAAACUGGCACUUUACCUCAAUUUAUUAGGACUUUGGAUAGUCCUGGUGUGCUCAGUAUUUUCUGGUUUGGCGAUGUAUUCUCAUUAUAAGGAUUGUGACCCUUGGACUGGUGCUUUCAUUUCAGCACCGGAUCAGCUUAUGCCAUAUUUUGUUAUGGACAUUUUUUCUUCGAUGCCAGGAGUCCCGGGACUCUUUGUUGCCUGUGCGUUCAGUGGAACACUAAGCACAGUGGCUGCAAGCAUUAACGCUUUAGCGACCGUUACCUUUGAAGACUUUAUCAAGGAACUUUUCCCAGACAUGUCGGAGAAGAGGAGCACAUGGGUCAGCAAAGGCUUAUACGCCGCCGGGCGUUCGCUGGGCCGUGCCGCCUCGCUACUCGGAGGCGUCGUGCAGGCCACGCUCACCAUCCACGGGAUGUGCGGGGGGCCCAUGCUGGGGCUGUUUACCAUAGGAAUUCUGUUUCCCUGUGUUAACUGGAAGGGUGCAAUCGGAGGCCUCUUAAUUGGGAUCACAAUAGCUUUUUGGGUUGCGAUCGGCUCUUUCAUUUACCCUGUGCCCUCAGUUAAGGCCGUCCCUCUGGACCUCUCCACGGCAGGCUGCAUACUAGCCAACAGCACCGACACGCUCACCACCGUGGCUCCCACCACGGCUCCAGCCAGGCCGCUGCUGGCAGACACGUGGUAUUCCCUGUCCUACCUGUACUUCAGUGCUAUCGGCUGCCUGGGGUGCAUUGCCGCCGGACUGCUCAUUAGCUUUGCCACAGGACCUAGUAAAGGAGAAGACAUUCCACCAGUAUUAAUUAAGCCAGUCUGCAACCUGUUUUGCUUUUGGUCGGAGAGACUCAAAACUUUGUGCUGGUGUGGUGUGCAACACAGCAGCAAAGACGUGGACUUUGAAAACAAUCUGCCUAAUGUUACUACAAAGAAAGCGGAAACAGAUGAUGCCUUCCAGAAUAAAGUCGAGAAAGAAAACCAAAGCCAGUUACCUGGUUACAAUCCUGAGGAAAAAUCCUAUACCAAUAUGAGCACAGAAUCUCGCCUCUAG